UGAAGAAACUCUCGAGACAACAUCUGUGAAACAAGUGUCAACGCUGUCAUCAAACAAACUGAAGAAGGAAUGUAAUAUUAUGAACCAAUAAUUUACAAAUGAUUUCAUUGAAGUUUGAACAAAUUGUAAAAUUGCUAGAGAUACUAUCUACUACGCAAAGUGUAGUUAAUGUUAUAUUCAGUACGAAAGUAACUAAAAUCCUGUGAACAGAUCAAAAUUUCUGGGCAAGCUUGUACAUUUUCAUCAAUUGCUGACAGGUUUAAGACAAAACAUUGAUGAGACAAGUGGAGAAAUUAUAACUUAAGACGUACUUUUUUCACUAUACACUUGACUCUCGAUUACCUGCUCAGGUGCACAAUCACCAUCAUAAAAAUUUAGCCCAUAAACCUCUUUAGGCUCUACAACGUUCCUAAAUUGUACGUAACAGAAAAUGAUUAUUGAGCUCAGAUGAGCAAUUUCAUACGAGGAAUAACUUUUCUCUUUUUAUUCUUUCUAAGGUUUCAGAAGUUUUUACUAUUAUACUAGGUCAGGCUCUACCUGUGUGUCACUCAAGUAAUAAACAAUAUGUAAUGAUACAUUAAGAAAAGGACACGUAAACAAACUGUUUGACCACAUUUGAUUAUUCGCCUAAACAUUCAUUCGUAAAUACAACCCGCCUCUAACAUGUCAUGUCACUCAGUGCUCAAACAAAUUUUACGACGUGCAGACACUUGUCCUGGAGAAUACAUAGCGAUAGGAUUAGAAAUGAAUUCAUCAAAUCACCACUCGAGUCUCUUGAUCUACUUCUAUGGAUUAGUCUUGGUCCUGGGCCAAAUCGUUAAAGCUGUGGAUAUGUCUGUGCCGAUAUCGCCCUGUCCAAAAAUAUUCACUUAUCGAAGGGACCUGAGAACAAACCGGUUGUUCGGUAGAAUCGAUAUAAGAGACCUGCAAAUGGGACAGACAGCCAAGCUCAAUGUUGAUCUGGUUCUUGGAACUCAGCUGCGAUCGGAUUAUAUCAUAAGCCACAUGUCGAUAGCUCUGGUGAAAUCCCUGGAGGCUACCUUUAAUGACAUAGCCAGCGAUUUACCGGCCCAGUACCGAGUGAACUUCCCGUUGCAAAGCGUCCUGCCAACUGUGCGAUCGAUUGCACUUAACGAUCAAACCAUUUGUUCGGGUCGCCAUGCUACGGGACGCAUCGUUCACCUGGAAAAAACUUUGUAUCUACAGCCGCAUACACCCCAGGCGAUAUUACAGGGCCGCAAUGUCCGUCAAUAUCAACGUUCCGUGAAUGAGAUCCAGAAUAGUGUCGUACCUACGGCUCUGAACAUGCUUGCCCAUACCCAUGCCUCAUUUCUUUCUCAUUUUGACAUAAGCAGUAAAUGCGGAAAACCUUCCAGAACUUUUUUGACACGGCUCUCGGUGAACGGCGCGUUUGUAAACAGAGGUCAAUUUCCCUGGGCGGUACCGCUGUUCGAUCGCACUCAGUCUGGCAACCCGAGGUACAUCUGCGGCAGCACGAUCAUCACCAAGAAGCACCUUAUCACGGCCGCUCACUGUGUGUACGACGGUAACGAUCCGAUCGAACCGGAACGAAUUCUGGCCGUCCCCGGAAUGUUCAAUAUUGACAACUUCUUCGAUGAUAACGCAAAAUUUGUUGACAUCGAUGCGAUAGUACCCCACGAGGAGUACAUUCAUGGUGACAGGCUGAACGAUGCGGACGUGGCGGUUCUCCGGAUGACCCGUGAACUAGAGUACUCGGAUUAUAUUAUUCCGAUCUGUUUGUGGCAGGGUGAUAACGAUCUGACGUGGGUCGUGGGCAAAGAAGGUUACGUCGCGGGUUGGGGAGCUUCCGGAGCGAGCAGCAGCUCGGUUACAACGUAUCUCACCACAACCAUUUUGGACAAACGAAGAUGUAGCGUGAACGAGUCUCAACCGUAUCAAGCCAGUGCAAGGAUUCUUUGCGGCAAAGGACAGCAGCAAACGUCCUGCGUUGGAGAUUCCGGAAGUGGACUGGUGAUGCGAAGAGGUAGCCAGUACUACCUGCGGGGAGUAGCCUCCAGAGGUCAGUUCGAUUACGAUACGGUGAAAUGUGACACGACAAGGUACGCUGUCUAUAUCGAUGUGGCUUUCCUUCGAUACUGGCUAAAACUUGCGACGAGACUGUGAAUAAUCGGAUGAAGUAAAUAUAAAAUAGUGUAUGCAUAUGUACAGAAAAAUUAAUGAAUAGUUGAUGAUUAUUGUGUAUCGAAUUCCACGGUUCAGUGAAUGUUAGUUUCUCUGAAAUAUGUCGAAUUUUUUUGAUUAGUUAAAUUAGAAAAGUCCUCUGAUGUAAAUCGAGUUUUUAUUUGCAUUCGGUCACUUUAUUUCUGGUGUUAUGGUAUUUAUUGUUGUCCGAAAUAUUUAUAUGGAAAGUAUACGUGAUCGGUGGAUUCAGUUCAAUUUUCGCAAUAUAAUCAAGUUUAUAUUAACCUUUAUUACCAUUAGCCGUUCACUAAUCCUCGGGUAAUUUCAUAAU